GCGGGGAUGGCGGCGGCAGGCGGCUCGGGCCCCGCCGGCCCUGGGGUGCUGGGGGCGGCCGGCGCUGGCGGGGGCUGGGACGGGGACUUCCUGGCGCGGUACCGGCUGGUGUCGGCCAAGCUGCGGAAGCGGUUCCUGCGGAAGCCGAACGUGUCGGAAGCGGCGGAGCAGUUCGGGGUGCUGGCCCGGGAGCUGCGGGCCCAGGAGAGCCUUCCCUACGCCGCCUGGUGCCAGCUGGCCGUGGCCCGCUGCGCCCAGAGCCUCUUCCACGGGCCCGGCGAGGCGCAGGCCCUGACCGAGGCCGCGCGCCUCUUCCUGCGCCAGGAGCGGGACCUGCAGCAGCGGCUGAGCCUGAGCGGCGGCUUCGGCGAGCAUCUGCAGGCCUCGCACAGCUGCUUCGCUUUCGCCGCCCGCUUGCACCUGGAACUGGGGCAGCCGGCGCUGGCGGCCGGGCUCUGCCUGGAGCUGGGCUCGGCGCUGCGGGACAUGGAGCAGCCCGGCCAGGCCGCCCCGCACUUCCAGCGCGCUGCCGAGUUGCUGGCGGCCGCUGAGCUGCCCCUGGAGGCGCUGCACUGCCUCGGCGAGCUGGCCUCCUGUCUGCUGCUCACCCGUGACUACGACGGAGCCCUGGCUGUGCUCACCCAGGCGCAGCUGCUAGCCCAGGCCGGGCCCAGCCCACCCAGCGGUGCCUUCCUGGAGAUGUUGGUGCGUUGCGAGGUAUCUCGGGUGCUGCUCCUGCUGCUGCUCCAGCCACCGCUACCCAAGCUGCUGCCCGAGCAUGCCCAGACCUUGGAGAAAUACUGCUGGGAGGCCUUUGAGAGUGGGUUGGGAGCUGGGCAGCUCCCCCAGGCAGGGUACCUGCCCCCGGGCCUCUUCCUCCUGCUGCAGUCCACUGUCAUGGCCUGUCAGGAGAAGGACCUGGAGGCACUCAAAGUGCUGCAGGCCGAGCUUUGGCCACUGCUCAGCCCAGAGCAGAACCACCUACUCCACCUGGUGCUUCAAGAGAUGAUCAGCCCCUCUGGACAGGGGGCCUGAGUACCCCCACUCAGACUGGCUUCAGUUGCCUACUGCCACUUCCAUAGGGGAGUCAGUCUCCCACCAGAAAGAGGCCUGUCCCACCCACCUGCUGCUGCCUCAGUGGGACUCUGAGCGCUGCCACCCCCCCGACAGUAUCACCAGGGAGAUAGGCUUUGUCCAUCUUCAGCUGCCAUCUCUAUGGCAUCUCUGCACCAUCUGCUAUCUCCACAGAGACUAACUGCACCUUCACUGAUCUGUUGCUAUCUCCCUCAUAUAGCCUGAAACCCUCACCAAGCGUUACUAGAGAAAUUAACCUCAUACACCUACUGCAACAAUCCACAGGAGAGAGGAGCCCCAUCUGCUACCCUGGGAAAUAGCCUUCCCCUCUGCUGCCUUACCCAGCAUCACGAUCAGCAUGACUUGUUUCAACCACCAUGGGAUUCUGUUUCCCCCACAGUAGCCACAUAGAGGGUUGUUCCAUUUUGGCCCAUCACCACUACACAGCCUUGAGUCAUCUCUCUGCUACCAUCCACAUGUAGGAAAGGACCAUGUGAGCUAAAGAGUAUUUUCCCAUUGGGGACAAGGAACUUGGACAUGCCAAUGCUUCCUCUUUGCUACUAGUAGUUAGAGAUCUUUCCUUUUUCAGCCCAGUGCAGCCUCUUUUCCAUUCUCCUCUCACUCACAGAUUCAAGACACCUGCUACUGCAGGAGACGACCUGAUCCAUUAGAAAUUGUAUGUAUGCUACUAUGGUUUGAGGUAGUAAGAGGUGGGAUUCUUGCCAUUUUUUACAGAGACUGCAAAUGGCACUCAUUUUCCAAACAGUCCACGAGUGCCAGGAUUCAGUCUUUUUUAGUUUAAAAUUCUCACGUCUGGAGAUGUAAUGUCUAGUGCAUUCUUUCUGUAUCAGUAAUUCACACAUGAGCGAGCUGGUAAAAAUACAAGUUAAUGUUUAAAGUGCUAAGUCUAAAAAAAAAAAAAAAAAAGUAAACUCAACUCUUUGCAUUUAAAAACUAAAUUGUAAGCUAAAGUUUUAUUCUGUACCUUCUGCUCCAGGUUCUGUUUCAAUGUUGGCAUCUAUUGCCUAAGAAUUGUACGUUCUAACUACCUGGCUGUUGGUCCUAGCUCUUGCUCUGUUAAUAUAAUGCUGUAGAUAGAACUCUGGAGACACCAAUUUAUCCUGAAGCCUUGUAGUUCUUUAAGGUCUAAUUCAGUAAUUAUUGUAGACUUUUAAAACUGUUUACUACUCAAUGCAGAUAUCACUAGCUACAACCUAGGCAAUAUGGGGAGUCUCUGCUGCUGGCUCUUUAACCUCAUUGCCUUGUUGGUUUCAUUCAACAAGUAGGUAAAGAUGGAUGCAAUGUGUUUAAUUUUGGCAUUUCCUACAGAUACUAUAUUACUUUAAGUAUCAGGCCUGUUACAGCAGUUUAAAGGAUUGUAUUGGUGUAGGGGGAACAUUUUCUUUGGCUCUCAGAUAUGUUUUUGCAACUCCUAAGGUGUCUAGGAGUUGUGCAUUCAGAAUGGAGUGCAAAAUUCAACCUUGAUGUAUGUCUGAAAAGAACGUGAACUUUGAUUAGUUUUUAACACUUUUUUAACAUUUAACUUUUCUAUUUUAAUGAUGAAAUAGAAUAAAAAAUUGGAUAAUAGACCCUUUCUGUAGUCUAAUGAACUAAA